AGGCGCAGCCGGGCAGGAGGGCGGGGCACCGGGACCGGGAGCGUCUCCCCUGGAACAGCCGGUGAUGAUCGGCGCUGUGCAGUCUUAGACAGGCUCCUGGAGGGGGAGCUGGCACUGGGCUGUGCCCGUCCUAACCGACGCCAGAGCGGCUCGCGUCCAGAGCGUGGACUCGCCGACGAGGACCGGGAGACGCAGUGACCGGUGGACGGCAACGGAGGAUGGGGGACAAGUCCAAGAUGCCCAGAACCACCGAGCUGGAGUUCGGAGGCCCCCUGGGUGCACUUGUACUGCCCGCACUGCUGCCCUGCACCGUCCUCUACCUGCUGCUUACCUGCCGCACCGAGGCAGCGAGUGUCCUGAACAACUCCCUGGUGCUGCCAGAUCUGAGCCAGCUCUGGGACUCAGGUGCCCUGCUCCUCGUCCUCGCCUGGUUCAGUCUCCAGGCUCUGCUCUACCUUCUUCCUCUGGGUAAGGUCACGCAAGGCAUGCCACUCCGAGAUGGCACCAGACUCUCCUACCGGAUUAAUGGUCUGCACGCCCUGGUGAUCACUGCCCUCCUGGCUGUGGUGGGCGUCUCCUGUGGGCUACAUCUGGGCUCCGUCUACGACCGCUGCGUGCAUCUGGCCUCCGCAGCCACCCUGGCCUCAUUCGGGCUGAGUGCCUUCCUCUACGCCCGCUCGCUGCGUGUGCCGGAGUCAGCCCUGGCGCCUGGUGGCAACUCCGGCAACCCAAUCUACGACUUCUUCAUUGGCCACGAGCUGAACCCCCGCAUCGGCAGCUUUGACCUGAAGUACUUCUGUGAACUACGACCGGGGUUGAUCGGCUGGCUGCUGAUUGACCUGGCCAUGCUGCUGAAGGAGUGUGAGUUACGAGGAAGCCCCUCUCUUGCCAUGCUGCUUGUAAAUGCCUUCCAGUUCCUCUACGUGCUCGACGCACUGUGGCAUGAGGAAGCAGUCCUGACCACGAUGGACAUAGUCAACGACGGCUUCGGUUUCAUGCUGGCCUUUGGGGACCUGACGUGGGUCCCCUUCACCUACAGCCUGCAGGCCCACUUCUUGGUGACACACCCACAGGAGCUCUCCACCCCAGGGGCAAUCGCCAUCGUCCUCCUCAAUGCUCUCGGUUAUUACAUCUUCCGCAGCGCAAACUCGCAGAAGAACGCUUUCCGCAGGAACCCCGGCGAUCCCAAGGUGGUGGGCCUGGAGACGAUCCCCACGGCAACCGGGAGGCAGCUGCUGGUUUCGGGCUGGUGGGGUCUGGUGCGUCACCCCAACUACCUGGGAGAUCUGAUCAUGGCGCUGGCGUGGUCCCUGCCCUGCGGUUUGGCCCAUGUCCUGCCCUAUUUCUACGUGGUCUAUUUCACCGUCCUGCUGAUCCACCGUGAGGCCAGAGACGAGCACCAUUGCCGCAGGAAGUACGGCUCGGCGUGGAACACCUACUGCAGCCGCGUCCCCUACCGCAUCUUCCCAUACCUGUACUGAGGGAGGGCGGGGAGGGGGUGUCUGCUUUCUCCGCCUCCCCACCCCCCCACCCCUCAAAUACCCCCCCACCUCCGUUCCUUCUCCAGCCCCACCAGUCAGCUCACGAGGUUGGAGCCCAGCUGGUGUCGUGUGACUGGGCCGAUCCUGCCGCCGCCUCCGGGGCGUGCGUUUCCACUGGGGCCGUUGGGCUGGCUCUCAUCACCUCCCACCCCCCCCGUACCCAGUCUUGCUGCCCCUGGGUGAGGUCGGGUUAGUGCCAGGCACAUCAGCAACCGAAGUUGGGGCACUCAGUUCACCCAGCGAUGGAGCGGAUGGUGAGGGAUGGCAUGACUGACACAUGGCUUGCGGGACACCUUGGUACUUUGUUAUAAAUAUACUCCGGAGCAUUUACCCCCAUCCCUGACUGCCCCGUGAGGAGGGGGUGAGCCGCCCCCUUGAACCGCUGCAGUCCGUGUGGGGAAGGGGCUCCCACGGUGCUGUUGGGGAGGGAGCUCCAGGGUUCAGACCCAGUGACGGUGAAGGAACGGCGAGAUAUUUCCCAGUCAGGGUGGGGUGUGACUGGGAGGGGAACCUGCAGGUGGUGGUGUUCCCCUGCACCCACUGCCCUUGUCCUGGGUGGGAGAGGUGGUGGGUUUGGGAGGUGCUGUCGGAGUAGCCUGGGCGAGUAACUGCGGGGCGUUGUGUAGACGGUGCACACUGCAGCCACUGUGCGCCAGUGGUGGAGGGAGGGAGUGUUUAGGGGGGUGGAUGGGGUGCUGAUCGAGCGGGCUGCUUUGUCCUGGACGGUGUAUUUGCAAAUUAUUUUAAUCAUGUCAGAAGUUUGAUAAUUCCCCGUGCAUUGACAAUUGAGGAAUUGAAUCAGAGCAAUGUUGGGAAGAUAAGGCAAGACUGGGUGUAUAUAGUAAGGAUCUUUUCCCUCUGCUGGGUGCGUCUAAAACAAGAGGGUGUAAGUUUAAGGGGAGAGGAAGGAGGGUUUAGAGAGGAUCCAAAGGGAGGGGUAUUUCCCCCCCCCCCCCCCCCAGGGGGGAUGGGGGUUGGAAUCGGGAAUGCACUGCCUGAGGGGGCGGUGGAGGCAGAGUCUCUGGACGAGAACUUGAACCACCAGGGCAGAGAAGGCUGCGGACCGAGUGCUGGUAAAUGGGGUUGGUGUGGAUGGGUGCAGGGGUCAGUAUGGAUGUGAUGGGCCGAAGGGCCUGUUUCUGCGCUGUGUGACUCUUGUUACCAAGGUAACUGAAAUGUAGUCCCUUGAGAUGGUCCCUGCUGAUCAACAGCCAACAGAUGAGGAACUGUUUCCACAGACACUGGACCAAUUGGAUAAAACACUAUUUUUAAAAAAAAAUACAGAAUAAUAGGUAAAAGAAAUGACGAUGUGUCAGACUUACCUGAUCAGUUGAGGUGGAAAAUGUGUCUUUUUACACUUAAUUAGCUGUUCAUCAGGAUGAAAACUGCUGUAAACUUACAGUUUUUGUACUUGAGAAUGAUAGCAAACUGGAUCUCAGGAGAGGGACAUCGGUGCCAGCUGGGAGCCUUGCCCCUCUGUAAGGAAAAGUUGGUAAGACCUCUGCAGGACCUGACCCAGUUUAACACUGGGUGAGUGCCGUCUCCACCAAGUGAGGAACAUGGGAAAUAUGGCCAAAAUCUGUUCUGGUAUUUAUAACUUAUCAUCUUAACCCUAAAGCCUGUUAUGUUUGUGGGGCCAAAUAAAUGAACUGCUUUUAACCAUA